CAGCCAACAAAAACAAAUUUACUGUCACUCUAUACAAAGAACCCGAAAAUCCGAACCGAACCCGGUAAAGAUCCGUCUUUUUUACCAUUUUGCCCCUCAGAUCAUAUCGACCCUGUCAAUGACAUCCAAAGCCUUGAUUCGGUCGAUUUCGAAAUCGAUGACUGGGACAGAAAACGGCCUCCUGACCGAAAACGGGUCCCAAUUCUCGCGAGUCGGGGAGUGAUUGCUGCUUCUGCUCAGCCGGUGGUUUUUGCACAGAAGCCUCUAUCGAAUUCUUGGCUUUUGCUAAUGCCGGGCGUUAGCUUACGUUUGCUAACGGCAUGGAGCAUUAGUUGGUCUUCGACCGAAAGGCCCGUUGAGGGCGAAACAGGCUUUUGGGGCGACAGCUGGAGGAGGGCCUUCUGGUUGGGGGAGCGGAUGGGGGAUUUGGGCCCGGGCCCGGUGGAGGCCCGUGAUUGGGCUAUGAGGUGGUGGAGCCAUACCACGAGGUCGAGUAUGUGGGCCUCGGUUUUCUCCCUGUCCGCGUGGUGGAGGGUCUCGAUUCGGAGGAGGUCCGUGUGGCCAGCUGGCUGGCGGCUCAUAUCGGAUCUUGAUUUGGGACGAAGAAAGCAACUUUACUUGGUUGUGUUAGUGGCCAUUGGGACCAGCCAUUGCAGUGUUUUCUCCAUUUCUGCUUUGAUUUGUGGGACCGUUAACUGUAGAAUGUUAACA